CACUCUACUCUACUAUUCCGGCUUAUCUAUUUAUUUAUCUGUUUGCGAACUUAUUUCACCAUUGCUAUCACUCGUACUUAAGGAUAUUAAUCACACUCAUACCCACCACCGCCUUCCUUAUCAGGCUUAAAUUAAUACACUUCGAAAAGCUCUUGUGCUUUUUGGGUCUAGAUUCCGCUUUUUAGAUGUUACCUGCAGACUAGAACAAGAUUCAGAGCAAACCCCAUGUGCCCACACCACCUGUUUGGUCAAAAUGUCUAAGUGAAGCAAACGCAUGGGAAAGAAAGAGAGAGAGAGAGAGAGAGAAGAAAUUCCAAAGUUUGAAUUUUUAAACCCAUAAAAUAAUUGCAUGGCUUGCAGAGCUUCAACAGACAUCAUUACAGCUAAUCACGAUCAUUGGCAUUGGCGAUCUGCUUGAGAGCUCCCCAAGUCUCUAUAAAUACCAAACACUCUAUGUCUCUCUCAGUCUUGUAGUUGUUGUUUUUAAGUCUUUUAGGUGAUUCUUUGCAGACCCAGAUAAACAUUGGGAUCUGGGUUUAUUGUUUAGUGUGCUGUGGGCAAAUUCCCUGGAAACCCAUAAGUGUUUUGGGAUUUGUGCUUCUGGGUUUCAUUUGCAUCUCUUGACUUUGAUCUAUUCUGUCUGCUUAUAGUGAUUGAAUUUAUGCUUUGUUUGCUUGUAUUUGUCUUUGCUUAAUUGAUUAAAUCAUGGGUGGUCACUCUCCAUUUGCAUUUCUCUGCAUUUUGCUUCUUUUCUUGGGAGGUUGUUUUGCUUCUAAUCAAGAUCAAGUGAGGGAUAGAAUCACACAGUUGCCAGGACAGCCAAGUGUGGGGUUUGCUCAGUACUCCGGUUAUGUGACUGUCAAUAGGAAAGCCGGUAGGGCAUUGUUUUACUGGUUGACUGAAUCACCGGAAAAUCGCCAACCCGAGUCUAGACCUCUAGUGUUGUGGCUCAAUGGUGGCCCUGGUUGCUCUUCUGUUGCUUAUGGAGCAGCUGAAGAGAUUGGACCUUUUCAUAUUAGACCUGAUGGAAAGACCCUUUACUUGAAUCCCUAUGCUUGGAACAAUUUGGCAAAUUUGCUAUUCCUUGAAUCUCCAGCUGGUGUCGGUUUUUCAUAUACGAAUACAAGCUCAGAUUUGUAUACAGCCGGAGACCAGAGAACAGCCCAAGAUGCAUAUGCAUUUCUAGUCAAUUGGUUUGAAAGGUUUCCACAGUACAAGCACAGAGAUUUCUACAUUGCUGGAGAAAGUUAUGCAGGUCAUUAUGUUCCUCAGUUGUCUCAAAUCAUUUAUGAGAGAAAUAAGGGAAAGCAGAACCCAAUUAUUAAUUUCAAGGGAUUCAUGGUGGGAAAUGCCGUGACUGAUGAUUACCAUGAUUUUAUUGGCACGUUUGAAUACUGGUGGAGCCAUGGUUUAAUUUCCGAUUCUACCUAUCGGGUGCUACGUGUAACCUGUGACCUUGGAUCCUCUCAGCAUCCAUCAGUGGAAUGCAUGAGGGCGCUUAAAAUAGCAGAAACGGAGCAGGGAAAUAUCGAUCCAUACAGUAUUUAUACUCGUCCUUGCAAUAGUACUGCAUCCUUAAAGCGCAAUUUGAGGGGUCGCUAUCCAUGGAUGUCCAGAGCAUAUGAUCCCUGCACUGAGAGGUAUUCUGAAGUGUAUUUCAACCGUCCAGACGUUCAAAAGGCACUCCAUGCCAAUGUAACUAGAGUUUCUUACCCAUGGAAAACAUGCAGUGAUAUUGUUGGAAACUACUGGGCCGAUUCUCCAUUGUCCAUUCUUCCUAUUUACAGGGAGCUCAUAGCAGCUGGUCUUAGGAUAUGGGUAUUCAGUGGAGACACUGAUUCGGUGGUUCCUGUGACUGCAACUCGUUACUCCAUAGAUGCUCUGAAGCUACCAACCAUUACCAACUGGUACCCAUGGAACAACAACGGAAAGGUUGGUGGCUGGAGCCAAGUAUAUAAGGGGCUGACAUUUGUCACUGUGACCGGAGCAGGGCACGAGGUUCCCCUCCACCGACCCCGCCUAGCUGUCAUCCUUUUCCGAUCAUUCUUGGCGAGCAAGGCAAUGCCAAGUUAGAUCCAUUCAAUCUUACUCACAUAUUCUUCAUGAAUAAGCACACAAACAUCUGGAAUUGCAGCAAUUGUUCAUACACAGGGACCUAGAAAACACAAAAUAAGAGAAGCAUUCCUCUCGAGUGCCCCUCCAUUCUUGCCGCGAGCAGCGCCAUUUUAUAGCUCGUUUAUCGAGAAGUACGAACAGUUAACGAGUAAACAUUGGAGUUGUUCUAUACAUAAAUAUAUGGAUUAAGCAAUGCACAGUGUUAAAGGCGGGGUAGAUGCUUGAUUUCUUGGGAUCCAAGAAAUAGUGGAUUAUAAUUUGGAUGGAUGAGUUAAAUCCGCUGUGGUCAUGUUAUACAAGUCAAAAGAGAAAAAGUCAACACUUGUAUUCGUCUCUCAAAACUUGGGAUUUGUUUAAUACAAUGAAGAUCUCAUGAACA